GUUUUGAUUGCAAGUAUUGAGAGAGAAAGCGGGAUAGGUAUUGUGUGUGUGGUGUGGAGAUGAGUGAGAAAGUUAGUGAAGUCGUGUGUCUCACCGGCGGCAGUGGCUACAUUGGCUCAUGGAUCGUUCAGCUCCUCCUCCUCCGCGGCUACACCGUCCACGCCACCGUCAAAAAUCUCAACGAUGAGAAAGAAACAAAGCACUUGCAAGCACUGGAAGGAGCUGAAUCGCGCCUCCGCCUCUUCCAAAUCGAUUUGCUCGAUUACGACUCCAUCGUCGCCGCCGUGACCGGUGCCGCAGGAGUGUUCCAUUUGGCUUCCCCCUGCAUCGUCGAUCGAGUGGAAGAUCCGCAGCGCGACCUGCUGGACCCGGCGAUUAAGGGCACCAUCAACGUACUGACGGCGGCAAAGAAGCUAGGCGUUCGGCGCGUGGUCGUCACGUCCUCUGUAUCGGCGAUUAUCCCCAGCCCUAAUUGGCCUGCUGAUAAGAUUAAGAAUGAAGAUUGCUGGGCCGAUGAGGAAUACUGCAAGCAGAAAGGGGUUUGGUAUCCGCUAUCUAAAACCAUGGCUGAAAAGGCUGCUUGGAAAUUUGCUGAGGAAAAUGAUCUGGAUAUUGUUGUGGUGAACCCUGGAACGGUGAUGGGUCCUAUUAUUCCUCCAGCAAUAAAUGCAAGCAUGCAGAUGUUGCUUCGCCUUCUGCAGGGCUGCACUGAACAGUAUGAAGAUGUCUUCAUGGGAUCUGUGCACGUCAAAGAUGUAGCUCUUGCACACAUUAUGGUGUAUGAGAACCCAUCUACAAAGGGAAGGCACUCGUGCGUCGAAGCUAUAUCUCAUUAUGGCGAUUUCGCUGCUAAGGUGGCAGAACUCUACCCCGAAUACAACAUCCCCAAGCUGCCCAGGGAUACUCAACCUGGACUACUAAGAUCCAAGGAUGGGGCAAAGAAGCUGAAGGACUUAGGUUUGGAAUUCAUUCCCAUGGAGCAAAUCAUAAAGGAUGGCGUUGAAAGUUUGAGAAGCAAAGGAUAUAUUUCUUGAAAAAAUGUGGCUGCAUGUCUACAAAUUUGUAGUGUACUACUAUGUGUUAUGGAACUUAUGCUACUGUAAUAACAAUGCUUGUUGAGUUGUUUCAUGUUAUACAACAACUGCAGCCUGUUUUAUGCAAGAUACUUACGGAGUAGUUUUUGUUAAA